AAUCAUACAUACGUGUGUGUGUGACCUGGGGGCCCCAUCGCCCCGGCGGAACUCGCGUCGCAGCACGGGCCAGGGAGCACCCCGGGAGGGGUCCGGGGGCCGACCCUGGGGCGCAGUGCGGCCGGGCGGGGAGGGCGCCGUUGCCUCGGCGGGCGCCCUCGAGCAUCCGCGAGGCGAGCACCUUCAAGGCCUCCGCCUCGGACGCCCGGGAGGCGGAGGGCGGCACGUGCUCCAAGUCGCCGACGGGCGCGCACUCCUGGAAGUUUGGCAAGUGCAACCACUGCCAGGAUUGGAUUCUGGACAGCAUCGUGGAGCGCGUCGACGCCGUGGGGCCCCCCCCGCCAGGCCUCGCAGCCGAGGGGGCCGCGCGCGAGCUGCUGGCCUCGAAGGACCUGUAUAGCCAGGAGCCGAAGCACCUAGCGCCGUUCGACCUGACAAAGCUCAAGGUUGCCAAGGGACGCGCCCGGCCGCGGUCUGUGGCCAACUUCCUUCCUCCGUUGGCUGGGGAGAUGAUUCGGAACCCAGCGCAGUACAUAGAGAAGGAUGAGGGGGAGAUGGAGUUCACACGUCAGACAACUGAUCCCAUCAAGCCUUACUGGGAUCCAGUGCUUCGUUCUAGCCGACUGGAGCGAUGGAGGCUGUUCCGAGUGCUGUACGAGCUGGGGCUCAUCACGUUCAGGCCCCGUCUUCGCGCUCGAGCCGCCUUAUUUUUUGUGAAGAAAAAGAAACCUGGCGAGAUCAGAAUGAUAGUUGAUGCGAGGCAGGCCAACGCCUGCCACCGUGCGCCUCCGACCACUCGCCUUGGGUCGGCAGGCGCCCUCGCGGACCUCGACUUCUCCGACGGGAACGGCUCCUUCGGCGGCGUCGGCAGCGUCGUCGGCUGGGGCCCCCACGGGAACGAGGCGGACGUCGAGGAUUGCUUCUACAACUUUUCAAUAGACGGGCUGGCUGAGUGGUUCGGCUUCGACGACCCGCUGCCCGUUGCCACUAUCAGGGACACCUACGGCAUCAACAUUGGCUCUUUUUGGGACCCAGAUCUCCACAGGAUGGUUGCGGCGACUGACGACGUCGUGCUGUACCCGUGCAUGCGCGCCAUGUGCAUGGGCUGGUCUUGGGCCUUGUUUUUCGCUCAGGAAGCCGUAUCAGCUAUGACCUCCCGCGCCCUUCGGCCUUGCUCGACUCUGGAGCCGGCCAUGGUGAGGGAGCACCUCCCAGCGCCUGACCUCAACGAGUCCGGGGUCAUGGGCAGCGUCUACGUUGAUAACAUCACCGUCUUGGGUAAGACUGCCGCUGUGGCCCGUGAGGCCAGUGCCGCCCUUCGCGACGAGGCGGAGCGCUGUGGUCUCCCCAUCACUUGGUCGUACCCCGACGUCGUCACUCAUCUGGAGACGGUGGGGAUCGAGCUUGAUCUGAAGCAAGGGCGCCUGCGCAACAAGGCCUCCCGAGUCUGGAGGUUCGACCUGGCCACCCGGGCGCUGCUGGCCCGGGGUAAGAUGCGAGGUGAACACAUGGAGGUCUGGUUGGGCCACGCGGUCUCCCUGCUGAUGCUGGCCCGGCCAGGCUACGCUGCGCUGUCCGCCGUCAGACAGGAGAUGCGCAUCGUGGUCGGGCUGGUCUGGCUCGCGGAGGUCGACCUGGCAGCGCCCUACGUGCCGCACGUGUACGCCAGCGACUCCGCCGACCACGGGUACGGGCUCAUGUACAAGAGGGCCUCGCUCGGCGACCUGCGCUCGGCCUUCCGCUGGAAGGAGAAGUGGAGCUUCAAGCAGCACCUCCGAGGCGGCACGGCGCCCGCGACCGCCUUCGGCCAGUGGCUGCAGCGCCGGGCGGAGGAGGGCUCGCCGUCGGCGGGGGCCCACCAGCCGCGCCGCCGCCGCCGGGAGUGCCACGCCUCUUGGCGUGAGGGCGAUCUGGAGGUCCCGCCGCCGCAGACCGGACCUCUUGCGCCACCGCUCCCGGCCGCGUGGUGCGAACCCGAGGGCUUCCGCCUGGUGGCGGCGGAGAGGUGGCGCUGGCCGAGUGAGCACAUCAAUGUGAAGGAGACCCGAGCUGCUGUGAUGGGCCUUCGCCAUGCCUGUCGCGUCCGCAGCAACUGCGGACGCCGCUUGGUUUCUAUCGUCGACUCCAUGGUUUGUGUUGGCUGCCUGGAGAAAGGGCGGUCUAGCCGCUCAGCAGCUCUGAACGCACAGUGCCGGCGCGCGGCGGCCUACACGAUAGGGUGUAGGGUGCGAUGGAGACUUCGAUAUGUCAACGCGAAGUACAAUGGCUUCCUGGAGUUGUUCUCGGGCGAGGGCGGGCUUUCGGAGGCCUUCAAGGAGCUCGGCCUGAAGACCUUCCCCGGGAUGGACAUCAAGGACGGGGCCCACUAUGACCUCCUGGAUCCCGUGGCAUGGGCUCAGGCGGCCGCUCUGACCGCGCCUGCCGGCGCCCGCGGCGACGUGGGCGCUGCUGACGGCGGCGACCUGGAGGCACAGCUCCGGGAUGCUUCGCAGCGGCCAGCUUCGCGUGCCCGAGAGCGCCUCAGGCCGGCUCGGCCGCGGCUCCAAGCGGAGCCUGACCUCGGGCUCUCUGCAGCCGCCGACCCAAACGCCCUCGAGAGCCGGUACGACCACCUCCGGCCGUUCGUCGUCUUUGGCCAGGACUCCAACCUCGAGGCGGCUCGGAAGCAGUUCGUGGAGUCCAUCAAGGGUCACACGUUCAACUUCGGGCCCCGCGCUCCUGUCCCUGCUGAUGGAGGCGUGGCCCGUUUUGGUUCCGUCACCGCGAUCUCCUUGGAACGGUACGGCACCGCGGUUCGUGACUUCUUCGACUGGGCCACGCGAGGUGAUGAGGACCUGAGGAAGGCACCCGAAUCCAAAAUUGACCAGUUAAUGUGCAAGUAUUUUGACAAGCUGAUGAGUGAUGCAAGACACCCCGCUGAGGGCCGCUAUGCUCUCUGGGGCUACCUGACUUUCUUCCCGCGCUCUGACAUCGCCAAGUCUGCCCGCCUCAUGAUGGCCAGGGAGGCUAUGAAAGGCUGGACCCGCCGUUUUCCUGGCUCGUCUCGCCACCCAUGGCCGCUGUCAGUUUUCUUCCUGUUCAUGACAGUCUUUAUGAAAGACAAGCACAUCGGAGCCGCAGUAGCCUUAGCCAUCCAGCUGGACGCCUACCUGAGACCCUCAGAGAUCUGCGACCUACGGUGGUGCUCAGUGGUUCGCCCUUCGUCAUCAUCGUCGCGUCUAGCCCGAGGCCGCUGGGCCGUUGUUAUCGGCAACUCAGAUCUUGGUGAGACCACCAAGACAGGCGAGUGCGACGACACCGUGGUGCUCAACUCGCCAGGCCGAGACUGGGUCGGCUCGGUCCUCGAGAUGUGGGCCCGGCGGCGCCCGUCGAGCUCGCGCCCAGAGGAUCCAGUGUUCCCGAACCUGUCCUUGGCCAAGUAUGAGGCUCUUUUUAGACAGUACAGCCGGUCCGUCUUAGGUAAGACUGGCCACCUGACGCCGCACGUUGCACGCCACUCGGCGCCAUCCCAUGAUGUUCUGACGGGCGCUCGCAGCCUGAGCAUGGUGCAGAAGCGUGGCAGGUGGGCUCAUCCCAAGUCUGUGAAACGAUAUGAGAAGAGCGGCCGCCUCUUGCUUCAGGCUGCUCGCCUCCCGCCAGAGCUCGCAAGACGAGCUGCAGCAGCGGAGGCCUCCAUUUUUCAGUGUUUCCAAGAGGCCCUCCAGUAA